CACCGUGUCGUGACGUAGGCCGUGACGUCAGUUUGUUGGGCUUCCCUGGUGGUCAGACUUUAGCACAGAAGCAGGAGAUCAGAAAACGUCUCCAAAACAUGGCUCUGAAUCGGAAUCACUCGCAAAACGGCGGCGUUUUGAUAAACAACGGAGAAAGUGUUUUAAGGGAAUGCAAGAAUGUGGAGCUGUCAUUCAGCGAUGUCAACUGCAAGACAGACCUGCUUAAAGGGACCAAAAAGGGCACCGUUUAUCUCACACCAUACAGGCUGCUGUUUGUGUCCAGUAAUACCAAGGAUUGCAUGGGGUCAGCCAUGUUCCCCUAUUAUCUGAUGAAGGGCUGCAGCAUUGAGCAGCCAGUCUUUAAUGCAAACUACAUUAAAGGGACGGUGUCUGCUGAGGCUGGUGGUGGCUGGGAGGGCCAGGCCAGCUUCAAGAUGUCAUUCCCCAGCGGAGGAGCCAUAGAGGUGGGACAGCAUCUCUUCAAACUGGCCACUAAUGCUUCUCGCGCGGCCCCUGCACAAAACGGUGCCGCCUCCUUCGGCUAUCCUUCUCCUGGCAUGACGAACGGCUACGGCCCAGCUCCUCCCGCUCCCCCCGCUCCUCAGGGGUACACCUACACACCCUCUCCCCAGCAGAAUGGGUUCUACCAGGGCCCCCCCCCUCCAGCUGCCAACAUGGGCUACCCCAUGCCGAUGCCUGCUACAGGAAUGUACCCGGCUGGUUUUGACUACAUGGCCCCGCCUCCCCCGUACCCUGGGCCUCCCCAAAACUGGGCUGCUGCCCCCCCCCAGAACUGGGCCGCAGCACCACAAGCACCUCAAGGUAACUCCAAGGCGGCUGAAGCUGCGGGCUCUGCGUACUACAAUCCUAGCGACCCUCACAAUGUCUACAUGCCCAUGGAGCGACCUCCACCAUACGCACCUUACCCAAACUCUCCUGAGAAGAAAAGCAACUGAAGCAACAUCACUUCAACCACACUCCUCCUCCUCCUCUUCCUCUGUAUCUGAAACAAACCCUAAAGCAAGGAUGAUGGAUACUCAGAAAAGAAAAAGCAAGUUAACAGACGGUUCAAAGAUGUCAGCGAUAAUCCACUAACGACAUUUUACAAAAUCAAUCACAUCUUUAAAUACCAAUUUACUUAAGUUCAUGUAAAAUGAUUGACAACUUGUAACCAUAGCUAAACUCAUUAACAUUCUCAAUGAUGGGGUUUACUUCUGUCUAAUUCUCUAGCAUGUAGGGAAGAGCGGAAAACAGAGUGCAUUAUGGGGAAUGUAUUUUUUAAGACGGAUUUAUUACCAAAACAUUUUCUAGCAAUUUCUGGAUUGCGGUUCCUGUAGUUAUUAACAAUAGCAACUAUUAUUAUUAUUAUUAUCAAAUAAGUAUUUUGCAGUAUCAUUGUAGGCACAGUGUUCCUAUACAGUUAUGCAUCAAAAUACAAUAUAAAUAUGUGUUUAGUGAUAUGAUUGAUUCCCAUACUGUGACUAAAUGUGAUCCUGCACUAUAUCACAGUCCAAAUAAUUCCAUUAAUUCUCAAUUUAAUAUAUGAAGUAGAGGUUUUUGUUGUGAAAAGGAGCAGUGCAUUGUUGGGAAAAAGGGGGAUCAUUUUACAUAACAAGUCUAUGUAUGUGCAAUAUAUUUCAAACUCUCUUAACGGGGUCAGAAACGUCUGAAACCAGAACUGUCUUUGUGUAAUUGCACUAGUGUGAGGUUACAGGGCCCAUAGGCUCGCUGUUUGAACCUCUGAAUGCAACCCAUUAACUCUGGAUCGAAGUGUACUCCCCCUCAUUGAACAUCAGUAUACAGCCGUUUUAUUUUGCACACAGUUGAAGUGGAUUUGUCUUGUUUUAGUUUGCUUGAAUUAACCAAAUGUGUGUAUAUUAAUAUCUCUUUUGCAGUUCUUUUUUCCCUUCUGCUGAAUUUUGUCUGUCGAUUUAAAUCUAAUAAAUAAAUCAUUUAUUGAA